AUGGAAGACAUUAAUCGCAAGGAAAAGCUUUUUCUCAACUACGUUCCUGUCUACAUCGUGCUUCCUCUUUUUGGAAUAGUGGCUAAAGAUAACAAACAUGCAGAAUUAGAAACUACAGAAAGGAACUUGAAGCGUCUCAAGGAGGAGGCUUGCCUAGAUGGUGUGAUGGUCGAUGUGUGGUGGGGGAUCGUCGAAUCCGAAGCCCCCAAGGUAUAUAAUUGGAAUGGUUACAAAGAGCUGUUCAAGAUGAUCAAGCGUUUGGAACUCAAAAUCCAUGCCCUUAUGUCUUUCCACAAGAGCAGCCAAAACAGAAAAACCACCUCUCUGCCGAGCUGGGUAGUCCAAGUUGGCAAAGACAAUCCCGAUAUCUAUUACACCGACCGCAAAGGCUUUCGAAAUGACGAGUGCCUCAGCCUUGGGGUCGAUAAUGAACCUCUCUUUGAUGAUGGAAGUGGUACAAAACGUACUGCCAUACAGAUAUACAGUGACUACAUGAGUAGCUUCAAAGAAAACAUGGCAGAGUUUCUAGAAGACGGCGUGGUAGGCACAAUCGAAGUAGGCCUAGGACCCAAUGGAGAACUUUGUUACCCUUCGUUUCCAUCAGAUCAAAGGUGGACAUUUCCCGGCAUUGGAGAAUUUCAGUGCUACGACAAAUACUUGAAGAAAGAUUACGAGAAUGCGGAAAAGAAGGCAGGACACUCGAUGUUGGAUCUUUCAAAAGAAAAGUUUGGAGAUUACAACAGCAAGCCACAUGAAACUACAUUUUUCAAGGAAAAUGGGACAUACGACACGGAGAAGGGGAAGUUCUUCUUGGAAUGGUACUCCAACAAACUUAUCUUGCAUGGUGAUCAAAUCCUAAGAGAAGCCAACAAGAUCUUCACCGGCCUCAAAAUUGACUUGGUUGCCAAGGUUUCAGGAGUUCACUGGCUGUACAACCAUCCCAGCCACGGGGCAGAACUAACUGCCGGUUAUUACAACCUUUACGACAGAGAUGGCUACCGUCCGAUCGCUAGGAUGCUAAACAAACGCAACUGCUUUCUCAACUUUAGUUGUCUUGAGAUGAAACAUAACAAGAAUGCAAAGGAGGACGCCUUAUCUGCUCCUGAAGAACUUGUUAAAGCGGUAUUGAGCAAAGCGUGGAAAGAAGGCAUAGAAGUGAUUGGUGCAAACACAUCGGAAAUUAUUGAUGCGGAAGGUUACAACCAGGUUCUUCUUAAUGCAAGACCAAACGGUUCUAACCCGAAGGGAAAGCCAAAACUCAAAGUGCACAGUUUCAUGUACCUGCGAUUGUCCGAAACAAUUUUUAGUAGAAACUACGACAUGUUCAAGAAGUUUGUGAGGAACAUGCAUGCAGAUCAAGAUUACUGUGGGGAUGCAGAGAAGUAUGCCCAUGAGGUCGAGUCGAAUUCAGCGAUCACCAUUGAGGAAAUAUUGGCUGCUACCAAGUCAAGUGGAUCAUUCAAGUGGGACGACGAUACCGAAGCUAAGGUUGAUGGUUGAACCUAUGCAGCCACACAAAAUCGGCUCCAGAUUCGUAUGGGCCAUCCGGAAAAUAUU